GCUUGAAACGUUGAAUAAUAAUUAAUAAUCGGGAAAAAAAGGCAUUAAAUGGAAUUUGGCGUUCUCUCUUUUUCACAUUGUAUUGCAUUGCACGAGAUUUAUACGGGAUUACUGUCAAUAUUUUGUACAUAGACACGUGUUGUGUGACGUGGAUUGUUGCCUUGGCGUUCCCUUUCUCUUUCUUCUUCUUCUUCCUCCUCCGUCCCUCCCCUACCUUUUUCUCUCUCUAAAGCUCCACUGUAAAAAAGCACAUCUAGAGAGAGAGAGAGAGUCAAUAGAAAAAAAUGCAUGGAGUUUAGUGGCAUAAAUUUGGUUUGGAAGUGUAAUUAGGUCUCCUAAUUCAUUUUUUCAAGCAAAGGUUCCUGAGAAUAUCAUGGGAAACAGUGAUGAUGCGAAGCUAGGUUCCAAGCCCGAAAAAUCGUCUGCAGUAGCAACUGACCAGAAUAACAUCCACUUAUAUCCUGACUGGGCAGGAAUGCAGGCUUACUAUGGUCCCCGGUUUGCUGUACCGCCAUACAUGAACUCAGCUGUUGCUUCUCCUCACACUCCUCCACCUUAUAUGUGGGCUCCACCACAGAUUCUUUUCUUUUGUGUUCUCUUUUUUAAGUCUAUGAUGCCUCCUUAUGCGGCUCCAUAUGCUGCAUUCUAUGCACACGGAGGAGUUUAUGCGCAUCCUGGAGUUCCUGUGGCUAGUACUACUUUGAACAUGGAAACGCCGGCCAAGUCAACAGGAAAUACUGAUGGAAGCUUUGUGAAGAAGCUGAAAGAGUCUAAUGGGCUAGCAAUGUCGAUAGGCAAUGGAAAUGGUGAUAGUGCUGAUCAUGGGACUGAACGUAGAACGUCAGACAGUGAUGAGACUGGAGGUUCAAGUGAUGGAAGUAAUGGAGUUACACCGCGGGCUGGUCAGAGGGGCAAGAAGAGAAGUAGGGAAGGAUCUCCUGACAAAGGAGAUGGCAAAGCCCCUGAAAAAAGCAGUGAAGUUCCUGCUGUGGAAGUUGGACAAGCUUCUGAGAAGACGGUAGAUGUAAUAACUCCUCCUGCUAAUGUGCCUGUUAAACCAACAGAGAACACAAACACUGCAUUAGUACUCAAAGAUGUCAAGUCCAGCCCAAUUACUGUUCCUUCUCACUCGAUGCCAAGUGAAACCUGGUUGCAGAAUGAAAAAGAGCUGAAACGGGAGAGGAGAAAACAGUCCAACCGAGAAUCUGCUCGAAGAUCACGCCUUAGGAAACAGGCCGAAACUGAAGAACUAGCUGUGAAGGUGCAGGUGCUGACUGCUGAGAAUAUAACCCUCAAAUCAGAGAUCAACAAGUUAAUCGAAAGCUCUGAGCAACUGAAGCUUCAAAAUGCCACCCUAAUGGAGAAAUUGAAAGAUGGCCAGCUAAAACCGGUCAACACGGUCAACCUACUUGCAAGAGUCAACAACUCGGACUCGAGUGAUGCUGGCGACCUGCAUGAGAAUCGAAGCCCGCGGGCCAAGCUUCGUCAGCUUCUGGACACGAGCCCCAGGGCUGAUGCCGUGGCUGCUAGUUGAUCUUCAAGGCCACGAGGGCAGCUAUUUUUCUCCUGAUCGCGUAAUUUUUGGCAAUAAUUACAAAGCCCAAAAUAACUUCUAACAACAGCAAUAAUAGCCUAAUAGGGAGUGUGAUGAUGAUGAUGAUGAUGAUG